CACUCCGGCUCCGGAUCGAGUUCAGUUCCGCAAAGCCGCUUCGAGUGAUCAGCAAGUUCAAGCGCCAGUCAGUCAGUAGUUGAUACGAACCGAUUUCGAGGUGUUUGAACUCGGUUUGGGAUUGGUGCACUUUUGGCGUGAGUGUUCGGCUGAACGUCCAAAGUGUUGGGUGUGGGCGGUAAUUUGUCGGGUACGGAGUCUGGCAUGACCGUGCAAGACAAAACGACGAGGGCCAUGCCGCAAACUGCCGCCACUCGGUCCCGAUUUAUGAUCACGGACAUUCUGAAUCGGCCUGCCGAGGCGGCGGCCACCGCCGUCCUAAAGGGCGGCCGGUCACCCAGUCCUGGACCACGCGAUCUCUCCCUCUCGAAUCCCCAUCACGACAGCGACACCGACAGUUCCGGCCAACCGGACAAUUCCAGCAUCUGUUCAAACGGCCAAAACGGCGACGACUCGAUCAACUCGUCCAAGGGGUCCAGUGGCGGCAUCAGUAAAAAGCAGCGGAAAGCUCGCACCGCCUUCACUGACCUGCAGCUCCAGACGCUGGAGAAGAGCUUCGAACGACAAAAGUACCUGAGCGUCCAGGACCGGAUGGAAUUGGCCGCCAAGCUCAGUCUGACCGACACGCAAGUCAAGACGUGGUACCAGAACCGACGAACGAAAUGGAAGCGCCAGACGGCCGUCGGUUUGGAACUGCUGGCCGAGGCAGGCAACUAUGCGGCCUUUCAGCGACUGUACGGAGGGCCGCCCUACGGGUGCUGGUACCCGCCCCAGAACGCCGCCCCGCAAGCGGCGCCCACCGCUGCCGACUUGUACUACCGGCAGGCGGCGGCGGCGGCCGCGGCCGCCACCCUUCAGAAGCCGCUGCCCUACCGCUUGUAUCCGCCCGCUAUGGGGAUGGGUGGCAUGCCCGGACCAAGCGCCCAUUUGGGUUCGCUGGCCGCCAGCAGCUCGCUGACCAAUCUGUCCAGCUACUAUUCGAACCACACGUCCGAUGGACCGUCGCCCCGGUCGCCCAGUCCGGACGCCCCCUUGGAUCCCGGCUCUCCAGGAUCGCCAGGUGGCCGACGGUCGCCCUCGGACGACGAGGACACCAUCCAUGUGUAAUGCGUGAUCAACGGGUGGACCUUGGAGUGUUCAGUGUGACAUUGUGAUAUAAAUUUGUAUUAUAAUUUAUUUUGUUGUGCUUGGUGGACGUCCGGCGGGACAGUUUCCGGCGUGGGCGCCGUUGCCGGACGACCGCCGUUCUCGUUUUUCCUCCCCCUUGUAUAAAUACAUAUUUUUUUGUAAAUUAAGUUAAGAUUUAGCUGGCCAGAGUGAACACUGCGGUACAUCAGGGCAAUCGUACCCUUGGACCGAAUGUAAUCGGUUGUUUUAUUUCGGCUCAAUGACACUGUAUAUUAAUGUUAAAAUUAUAGAAUCCUAGAAUAAACAAUUAAGUUUUUAUUA